CUACAGAUCUUCACCCACGUGUUGUGCUGUCCAAGAAAAACCUUGAAAGGAACAAAAUCAUUUGCUGGGUACCUCUUCACAUUUUCAUUGCAAGAUUUUGGGAGGAGAUACUCCUUUGGAUCUCAAGACACGUUAUUGCAGUUUGGCACCUCAACGUUUGUGGGGUAGCUGUGGCCUCUGCUACUUUCUAAGUCUGGUCAUUUUCCUUACCUCGUCUGUCUGUUGGGCUUCCUUUGCCCUCUGUGACCAUGAAAUACUACUACCCAGGCUCACUUCCUAGGUACAGGCGAUAUGCAAGGCACCUCAAGACUGUGCGUUUCCCCAAUGACGUCGUCUUCCAGGACCACAUUCGACAAGGUGACUUGGAGCAAGUGGGACGUUUCAUUCGGGCCAGGAAAGUCACCUUGGAUACCAUCUACCCCUCUGGAAUGGCUGCCAUCCAUGAAGCUGUGCUUGCUGGAAACCUUGAUUGCGUCAAGCUCUUGAUAAAAUACGGCGCUGACAUAAAUCAGAAAGAUGAUGAAGGCUGGACACCUCUGCAUGUGGCCUGUAGCGAUGGCCAUGCUGACAUUGCAAGGUACCUCAUCUCUCUUGGGGCCCAGUGUGAUGCCACCAACAAUGAAGGAGAGAAGCCAUCUGACCUUAUUGACCCAGAUUACAAGGAACUUGUGGAGCUCUUCAAAGCAGCCCAUGUAAACUAAGACUGUAUCUCUUUAACUUUUUUUCCAUGUGAAAUCCAGUUUUUAUGGCAGAUAGUAUAAUCUGUUGUACGAAACAAAGUUGCCCCAAUGAAGUUGGUAAGGGAGUGUUAUUAUCUCCUACAGGAGGCCAUACUAUAGCUGCAAUAGGUAUAUAUGAGACUGACUAUUUGGGGAUUUCUCAGAGACGUGCUUGGGAUAGUCCAUCCAAAAAGAAAUGAAACAUUCUUUAUUGUGGUUCAUUGUCCAAUUCAAUAGAUGACAUAAACUGCUUCUGAUGGUGUGACUGUGUAGGCAGUUUACAUAUAUGUUUGUGAUCUAGAUUGGACCGGAUACCAAGUUUUGUAAACAUAUAUCUUGUUUCUCAUUUUGCAAUUAUUAAUUUUGAACAAUGACCUCAGCAACAUUCAUGUCAUUUUCCUGAAGAAUCCUCACAAAAUAACCAGGAAAACAUCUACCCUCAACAUGACUUAUGUACAUAUGGAUUAUUCUAAAACAUAGUGUAUAAUGUCCUAUUUUUAAUGUGUUGGUAAUUCUAAAUUUUCUUUUAUACUGUAUUUUUUAAGUGAU